AUGGAUCCUUCCUCUCGAGACAGGUCUGUCAGUGUCUCUGCCGGGAAGGUCUGCAUACCAAGGAAUUGCUUCCUGGAGGAUACCCGGUGCCGUUUCUGGCGCACCCUAAGCCAUACCAGAGUGCCACUUACUCCCCCAACGAUGCAGAUAGCCGCACAGACUACUGCUAUCGCAACAACGGAUGACAAUUCCAACAUCGUUGAUUCCUGUUAUGAUGACCGACAGACUUUGUUGAAGGUCAACCGUACUGCUGCCUGGAAGGGUUCGUGGAGAACGUCCGGGCGGCAAUGGAACCUCCUGACAGCACACACAAACACAAUCCACGAUAGCGACGCAGGAGGCAAAAGACAGAAGCAGAUGCAUCACAAAAAGAAAUGGAUGAUCCAACAAGCAGUCAUCAACGCAGAAGCAAUGUCAUCCUUCCGCGCAAGAAAGUCGAUAGCGCAAGAUACACACCAUGAGGUGAAGUCAUUCGCUAUCAAGGAUCAUAUUUCCGUUGUGCUGCGAGGCAGAUUUGGUGUUCUGAAUACAAAUAUAGACAUUCGUGCGCACAAAUAG